AUGAAAAGAGAAGAAUUCAACACGUUUUAAAUGUGUAUUAGAGAGCCAAGCGGUAGCACAUAUUUAUGUACUGUUCGAUGAGUUAUCACCCUUGAAAUAGUUGAUUUUAAUACUCUCGGGUGGCUAUUUAUUGCUUGACUAGGAUACCACGAAAGGAAAUAGGCGUGUAAGAUAAAUUCGAUUUCAUAUAAUAUGGUAUAGCGUGCUCCGUAUUAGAACAUACCGACUUAAAACAUCAGGGGAGAUAGUAAUACACCGAAUAACCCUUAUCUUUGAAAGGCAUUUAGUGAACGUGGUAUAUAAUAAACAGACAGUUUUAUGGAUAAUAUUCACUAGGUUUAUUAACUGCAACGUUUCAACAAGGAUACUCUCACCGUUAUCAAGCAAUGAUACAAUCAACAUGUUACAGAGGGUUAUAUACAAGUGGAUAACAAUAAACUAAUUAACAGUUUGAAUCAGAAGCCAUUGUCGAACUCGACAGUCAGAUUACCGUAAUACCAAAACGCCUGUGUAUGUGUGUGAAAUAGCUUUAUUUAACACCCGCUUCCACAGAAGUGAUAUCGCCGACAGUUGCAUUAUUAUGUGAUAUUUGUUGAAAGGUUAAUCAUUUAAUACUGUUCGUUGGCGCCAUAUUAUGUAAUGGACCAUGGAUAUUAUUCUCGUAUUUAUUAAGUAACCUAGUGCGACAUUCUGAUUAAGGAACAUUUAAGACUGUCCGUUGGCGUCAUCUAUCUAUACUAAUAUUUGUGACUGUCGUUUGUCUGUUCGGGGUUGGCGGCUACACUAGGUCUGCCCCGAGUCUGAAAUUUGGGGUAUAGGGGUAGCUCGGACCGGGGAGUAACAUAGGCCAGGUGGCGUUAGUCUACCACUUCCGGUUUCGGGUUAUGACCCCCGAGCGAAGCCGGGCAUUCUUCUAGUGUUGUAUAAAAUAGGUAAUGGGUAAUGGGAAUUACCCAAUGUGUGCAAUUCAUCCAAUGUGAGGUUUUGAUUACGAAACCUUGAACAGAAACGGAUAUGAGAAAUUUGAUUAUGAAAAUAUUUGUGUAUCUCUCAUAUCUCACGAUAUUUGAAGUCACCAGGAAACUGUAGGUUCAAUUACGGAAUAUAAUUUGUGCAGAAACGGACAUACGUCAUUUGUUCAUUCAUGGUUUUAGCGCGUGCUGAUCAGUCAAAUUAUACUGUCAUAUAAUGCGGAUUUAAUGGAAUAGAUGUGAUUGAUGCCCGGUGGUAAAUACCAAUUAAUCCAAAAUUUGAACAGAUGGCGUGGUUGAUAUAUGAUAAAUGUUAAACGUACGGUUUAGGGUACAGCAAAUCAAAAUGUGACGUAAUUUAGCUUAAUGCGGAUUCUAUUGCAUAGAUGUUGUGGUUGAUAUAUUGUAAAUAUCCAACUUGUUAUUUCGGGUUCAGUAUAUCCUAAAGUGUACUUGCUGUGUAUUUUAAAUGUCAUGGGUGCCAAAGACUGUAACGUGUAGGCUAAAACGUUAAUUAGGCCGUGGGCGUAACGCCACAAAGUAUCCGAAUUAAAUUUAAUAAUCGCCAUCGUUAUCAAAAUGGUUCUUUUUCACGUGGGGUUGUUACAUUAUGAAGAUACGGAAUGGGCUGAAUAUGUCGAGAAACUUUUGCAGAAGGACAGGCGACAGGGUUUAACAGUGAAGUUACUGAAUCUACAGGGAGUUAUUGGCCCUCAUUCGCAAGAGGUCGCUGAACUAACGACGUCAUGCCUAGUAACACUGGUGCUUUUAUUACCGGGCAUGUUGGAUUUUAUGAUGGAAAACACGUGGUUAGAUGAUUAUUUUAAAACUAUUGUAGAACAUCGAGUUAUUGCUAACAUUGCCUCAUUUAUUGAUGACGAUAGCGAAUUAGAAUCCUUAAAAUAUUCUUUUAAGUCAUCCUCAAAAUGGCAUCCUUUAACUUUAUCCAAUAAUACUAAAGCUAAUGUUAAAAUGGUGGCGAAUAUAAUUGAUCUAGUCGAUGAAGUGGAAAUAAAAGAAAGACAAAGACAAAUUAAAACUCCAGUUAGUUCUGCGGUUAGAGAAGUUAUUCCGUCCAAAGUAUAUUCGCCAGGAGAAAAAGUGGCUAUAAUGUUUAAUAGUCCGAUGAAAGGAACGAUACAAGUUGGUUUUACUGGUUGCGAACAUAGAAUAGAUACACAUAAACUCAACCCCUAUACAUACAGAUUCAGAACUCCAGAUCCUAUGCCAAAGAGUAAUAAAUUAGAGAUUUACCAGGAUUCUGUUCUAAUUGGCAAUAAACCUAUAAACUUUAUAACUCCUAAUCUAGCUUCCUAUCAGAGUGUAGCGUUCAUGAUGCAGUGUUUUGGAGUUGACACCAUACCAGAAUUGGAUGUAAAACUUUGUGAUAUGUUUGAAAAAAGUAAUCCAGCAGACGCCAGUCUAACCACACUUUUCGCUGAUCUUUCAUUUUCUUCGGCAGCCGCUAGUGUUUCUGAUAAGCCACCGUGUAAUUAUCCAACCUUACUACAUUAUACAGCGGCUCACAAUCUAACAGAAUUUACUUCCCAGUUACUGGAGGCCCCAGGUGCACUCACAGCUUAUCAAAUAGAAAAUCAACAUGGACAUAAUCCCGCUGAUAUGGCCGAAUGCAACAAUCACUCAGACCUAGCUCUGUACAUUCGGGAAUUUACGGAUGCUAGAACUGUGGCUGAUGCUUGUAAUCUAUAUGUUCAUAUGAUAGGCCGGACACAAACAGCUACUGAUGCUUCAAACACAGAUGUAAUACCUGGUGAAGAUGCAGCGGAACUGUAUGCUGAGGCGAAGUCAGAAGAUACCAAAACAAAUAAACUACCACCUUUACCGCCAAGUACCCAUCGGAAACUAAGCUGUGGUGAGAUAGUUCAUCCUGUUGUACGUUCGAAUUCAUCACAAUUACUCCAAUCAGAACAACCCCCUCCUCGACCACCUAGAAACACGGGCGAUAGAUCUAAAUCUAAAAGUUUACCAACGCCUAGCCCAGGCUUACAACCAACGCCUAUACCAGGCUUACCACCAUCACCAGAAGCAUUCCUGAAUCAAUCUAUGAGAAUUUUAGAUGGAGGUGCUGUUGGAUCAGCGUCACAGCAAGAACUUAUAGAAAUACAAAAACUUGUCAAGAAUAAGGAAUUUACAGAGGAUGAUGCGUUACAGCUGUUUAAAUCAUGGAAACAAAGACCAUCUACUCAAUCUUUUAGAGAUAGACAGAAAGCUUUAAAAUCUCUACAAGAAGACCAAGUAAGUAAAAGGAAGGCAAGUGAGAGGAUUCUCAAUCAAUUGAAACCAAGUCAUAGAAAACAAAAAAGUAACAAAGAACCAUGGUGUCCAAUCAUAUCGAGCCCGACGUAUGACGCAUAUACACCAAAGAUAAACACAGACAGAGCCAGUAGUAUUAGCAACAGCAGUUCGUCAAGUAAUGGAUCGCAUCUGUCACGUGAUAGCUCUUUAUCUGUUUCAGCUGAUGUAAAUACAUCUGAUAGUGAGGGAGAUAAUCGACCACCACUACCCACACGGCGCAGACCAUCUGUAGAUGAUGGUGCUGCUACGAGUAAAGUGAGGAGGGAUCGACGUAAAUCACGUAAAGAUAUGUAUUUAGAGCACCAAGACACAGAAGAGAAAGAAGAAGAGUUGCCUACCUUACCACCACGACGUAAACCCCUUCCUGUACCACGUAUUGUAUCGAAUAGAUAGUGUAUCACAUGAUACACAGAAUUGUUCAGACUUAAACCCGCUCCUUCACCACGUGUUGUAUCGAAUAGAUAGAGUAUCACGUGAUACACAGACUUGUGCAUACCCGACAUAAUAUAUUUAUAUAUUUAGACUGGUAUUACAACCUGUUUCACUGAGUAUCAAGGCAGGUUUUAUUUCUGUGAAACGGAAUCGGGAUGAUCUCCAAAUUAAGAAACACAAAUCUGUGAUUUCCGCGAGUGGUUUCAGCGGAUCCGAAGUUUCAGCCAUAGUAAAAACAAAUCAUGAUUCAUAAAUUUAAUUGUUUGUGAUUAGAUGUGGUAUCCUGGCAACCUGACACGUCACUAAAGCGAUGUCAAGUUUUACAGAAAUUCUUAUGGAUGCUUUCUAAUUAAAUCAAUGUACUGUAGCGGCGAAGUCAGCGCAAUGAUCAUCGCGGACUGAAACAAAUGUUGUUUUAUGGUCUCAAUGUAAAUAUACAAACUAAGUCAUUUCGGAACUAACAUAUGGUUCAAUUUUAUUUCAAUAAUUCGCUUGCGCGUAGGGGGCUUUAGCAGUGGGAGAAAACCGGGGGACCCGAAGAAAAUCCACGAGAUUGAACAGGCGACCCUACUCCUUGCCACGUACAACCGGUGAACAAUGUAAAUAUACGACUUAAGUUGUGGUAUAUUAGGAAACACCAGUAUUAUUUUUAAAAAUAAGUUAAAAACUCUAAACAUGAUCUUAGUGCUACAAAAUGAAAUGAAAUUAAAUGGGGUUUAAAGGCUCAAUACCACUCUUGUUGUAACUGAAUAAUAUGUCCCAAUCUUUAUUCGGGUCAACAAAUUGUACUAUUUUACAAUAUUCCAAUUAAUUGAUGAUACAAAUUUCAUCUUAACACACCUAAUUUAAAAAAUUGGAAAAAUUCAAAUAAAUGAUUUGAAAAGCCUGACGUAAAGCUUUUCAAAUGUGACUUGGAUUUAAAAAUAUUUUUUAACCCUUUGGACAAGUAAAAUAGGAUUUAAUGGAUAAUUUACACAACAGGUAGGACACUAACACAUCUAGUACUUAGAAUAAGGCUAUUGUUUAUAUUCUGGAGCUGUCAAGCCAGCAAGAGUGUUAUUGUCCCUUUAACGUGCUACUGUUCUGCUCCGAACUGGGAUAAUAUAUGAAGACAGGCAUACGCCAUACAGUGCGCAAUGAGGGAGAUUUUGCUCGGACAGCGGCUCUACGGCCUACUCUUAUAUCGAUUUCCAACUGUCAAGAGAUCUUUUACGUGCACGCCAAUGUGUACACGGGAUCUCGGUUUUUCGUCCCAUUCGAACGACUAGACAGCUGUCCUUGUCAGGCCCUCCGCCCUGCAUCACUGACAAGGGGAAUCACGCCAGAAAAUCUGGAUGAACUUUCUCGGACAAUGCAGGAAUCGAACACCCGACCUCCAAGCCAGCCAGCCAGCGUCUUACCCACUUAGCCACCGUGAUCCCCUUCAGUGCCAUAGAAUCCCUUGUAAACUAGAAUAUUGUGACCGUUGAAUAUCUACUAGGAAUAUCAGUUCAACAAUGGUUCCUUUCCCUUCAGUAUUUAUAAAGAUAUAACGAAUUGAAAAUUCCAUCGAUCGCUUUAUUUGCCGUGGACCCAAUUGAUCGGCCUGUUUUAAAUGGGGGGAGGGGGUGGCCGAAUUGUUAGCACAUGCGCGCUAUAUCAUAAGGUCUGUCAUUGAGUCAACUGGUGUGGUUUCGUUUCCCUGGUUGUACGUGACAAGGAGUAGAGACGCCUGUCCAACCUCGUGGGUUCUCUCCGGGUCCUCCGGUUUCCUCCCACUGCUAAAUCCGAUUCUAUCUAAGCCUGAAGUUUAUAUAGCCUUGUUUUUUUUUUAUUUUUGUUUUCUUAAUUAGAUGUUAAAUAAUCAAUUUAAUUCGAUAAUAGCGUGUAUUAAACAUAUAUUAUGCAAGAGCUAAAUCUGCCUAUUGCAGGUCUUUCAUUGGGCCUGAAAUGUUAUCUAAAUUAUUAGACAUUAAUUAACUUAUCCAGACCAUAAUCAACUCUCGGUGGUAUCGCUAGCCUGCGAUGUUUAUUGGAUUACGUUCGGAAUUGCUGUUCGACUUCCAUUCAUAAUUAAAUCAAAAAAUGAUGAUCGAGGCCCAAUAUCCAAUCGCUAAAAUCUCGGUUCAUAGGAUUAGCGCUAGCCGUGUUUACUUCUCGUGACUUAUGACGAGGAAUUGAGCUGGCCUUAUCGUUUAGCACUAACCACUGGAAAGACCAUUUCAGGCUAAACAUUCCAUGGAAGUAGUCUCUGCUUACCAGAUUUAUAACCAAACCAAGAAGCAAGAUAUCAAUAACCUGUCAUUGGUCAUAAAUUAAUAGAACUCUGUCCUUAAUUUAUAGAAACGUGUUUUAAAUUUACAGAAUUGUGUCACAAAUUGUGUAACGAUGUGGUAAAUUUAAAGAACAUAAUAUAUGGCCUAAAUUGUGGAAAUUGAUAGAAAUGUGUCAUAAAUUUAUAGAAAUGUGUCAUAGAUUAUUUAAAGUUGUGAUAAAUGUGUCAUAAUUUCAAGAAAUAUAUCAUAAAAUAUAGCAGAGUGUCAUAAACUACAGAAAUGUGUCCUAUAUUAAAAAAAUGUGGCAUAAUUUGUUAUAAAUGGUAGACAUUUGUCAUAAAUUUUUGAUAUUUGUCAUAAAGUUUAGUUAUUUGUCAUAAACGGUAGAUAUUUGUCAUAAAUGGUAGAAAUGUUUCUUUAAAGAUACAUUCUCGCGUACAAACUGGGUGAUUUAAUGGUAUAUGUGGACUAAAAACAUAUUCAAACUAAUUAAUUUGUGAUAAUUUUGCUUCAAAUCCUUGUCAAACAUUGUAAUUGCGAAGGAAUGCCCUGCUAUAAAAAUUCGAUCAAACCAGGUCAUGUUUACGUCACGUGACUUACCUCUCUUGGAAGUCAGAGGAGAAUCCAUUGCAUACAUAAGACGAUGUUGUCUUUAAUCGCUUACUAUUUAUUACAAAUAUCGAAUCCUAAUUAAAUUCUGGGAUUAUCCACUACCCGCGUCUUUGUCCGUCAUUUUUAUCUCAGAAAGUGUUGUACGUCUAACUCUUCAUAAAGUUUAUCAACUUGUACAUCAAGCGCUCAAUGCUCGCGUGUGACCUUUGACAUCACGCGUGCAGAAAUUCCUAAUCUUCGGACUGUCGAUUAGGGGAACCCUUACAUUUUUGUCCUGUAUACGCUCCAUGAGUGUUUUUCGGGGAAUCCAGUAUUUUUCUAGUAAGAUUGGAUAUCUCUACUUUCCAUAUAUACCAAAAUUACCAUACUUUUAUUGGAAAUAACCACCCGAUAAAUACUUUUCUGGGAACCCAUCUUUAAUGUGUUUUAAUUAAGGUGACUAGUGGCAUGUUUCUAACUGGUCAUCGUGGUCAUCAUCAAAGUAUUGUUUUUACAUGUAUCUUAAAUCUCUCAUCAUUGUUUAGCACCCAUGAGUUUUAACUUGACUUUAUCAUAAGAAGGGAGAAGAUGACCCACGCACCUCAAUGUUCUCACAAAAAUGAAUUUAAACACCGUGCUUUAAAGUGACAUUUUGAUGUAUAAGAUCUUUAUUUUUUGUUAUUUUUUACUAAUUUUUGUAUUUAUUUAUUUAUUACUCCUUCAUGUGUAAAUAAACUUAAUAAAAUCAAUAAAUAUUC